AUGGUCUUUUCCAACUUCAUCCUACACCAGCUCGCGCUGCUCGCCGUAAUCGCGCCUACCACGCUCGGCAGCUCAUGUACUUGGGCACGUUGUGAAUGCAUCGACAGCGGAGCCGACGCGAUUGUCGAUACGACCUACGUAGACUACACGAAGUGCAACGGCAACGUCGGAACAACCUCCAGCAGUCUCUCCUGCAUCACUGGUGGCCGUCCAGAUGGCUGUAUAUUCAAUUCGGACAAGUUCACGGUGCUGGGUAAUACAUUCAACAAGAACGACUACAGCCACAGGCGAGACAAUUUGGCCGACUCGGUUACCUGCGCCUUUGCGUGCGCUUGA